AUGAAUUCAGAGAAUGGAGUAGCUAUCGUGGCAAUGGGAACGUGGUACGCAAAAUUAACAGGAGACUAUUUGGGUAAACUACCUCAUAUAUUAUCUGGAGCACUUGCAAGGUUACCUUUGAAAGUAAUAUGGAGAUUAUCUGGACGUAUUCCAUCUAAUAUAGGGAACAAUACCGAGGUAAUGAAAUGGUUACCUCAAAAUGACUUACUGGGUCAUUCAAAGACAGUGGUAUUCAUAAACCAUGCAGGUACCAAUGGUAUAUAUGAAGCUAUUUAUCAUGGCGUUCCCAUGGUGAAUAUACCAUUGGGCGCUGACCACUUUGAUAACGCUGCAAAAGUACAGAAAAAAGGCAUGGGAAAGACAGUUUUUUACAGUGACAUAACUGAGGAAAGUCUUUACCAAACAAUCAUGGAGGUUGUUAAUAAUAACACGUGA